AGAUAACUGUUUGCGAAGAGCGGCAUCAUAGAUGGGUGCGGUCACUAAAAGGAAGAAAAGAUUUUCAACGAGGAGUGAAUCCGAAGACACAACUAAGCACGCCAAAAUUGAAAGCGAUGAAGCGGAACCAGCCUCAAAGCGCUUCUGCUUGGCUCUUGAUGCUCCUAGAGCCUUUGCAUCAGUGGAAAAAGCACGACGUACAAGAUUUUCUACUGCUCAGGCCAAAUCGCUCGUAGUGCUCGUCCGCGGGCUUCCUGAUGACCUGAUCAAUGCGGAUUUGAUUGACAGUUUAUCUCGAUUUGGUCCCAUAGCCUACGUGAAGUAUCAUUCCAAGCAAGGUUGGGCAUUCGUAGAAUUCGAAGACGAGGAAGGCUCUGAAGCUUGCGUGAAGUACGGUUAUGAGAAUGCGGUAUGUAUUGGCGGAAAUGAGGUGUCUAUGAUGUUCUCUCUUCACCAUAUUCUCGCACGCGAUACUCUAGAGAGAAGGGAGCAGAACAAAGUGAUUUUGAUGUCCGUCAGCAACAUUCAGAAGGAGAUAAAAGUACAGAAUGUGUUCGAUGUCUGCUCUGUGUUUGGUGAAGUGGAGCGCAUAAAGAUCACCCCAAUGUCGCGAGGUAGUGUGGCGGAAUUGCUGGUGUAUGUCGAAUUUGACAAUCUCGAGGCAGCUCAUGAUGCAAAGCUAGCUGUCAAUGGUGCCUUUUUCUACAACGAUUGUAACCUUGUUCACUGCGAAUAUGCGUCGAAGAGCACUCUCGAGAUACCGGAGAACACUGAUCAUGCCUGUGAUUACACUCAGUUGAAGCCUGUAAAGUUGGAGAACUCUGAGCUUUUUCCAUGCGAGACUAUACCACAGAGCAGUAAAGAUGAGAAACCGCUAGCUGUCACAACCAAAGGGGAUGCCGACAAUCAUGUAAAGCGUUGUUCCUUAUCUCCUCCUCUCUCAGAAUGCAAGAAAGACAACUACUACGUUUUUGAUAGUGGCAGUCACAGUAAUGAUACUGUGCAAAUGGUAUCCAUAAAGCAGGAGCAGAGCUACAACUUUGGUGAUGAUGGACAAACUCAUUGCAAUCAAUUCAGCGAACCGAAUUCGUCUCCUCCUCCUGAACCGACUUCGGCCACAGUCGGAGAGAGCGCUGGCUCUGAAUCUAACAGCCAGUCCUCUUCGAAAACGGUACUAGAAAUUCCUUUGCCUCCAGUGUUACCGACCGCUGUGGAAAACUCAGGAGGUCACUCGUCAACUCAAACCAUCAGUGACGUGCGCUACAGAAACUUGGUUGAUCUAACCGUCAAUGAUGGUCCGCGAUGUAUGAUGGUCUACGGCAUCGAACUACAAUCCGGAUUAUUCUCUUGUGAUAGACUCUUCAACCUCAUGUGCAUGUAUGGACAUGUGGUGGCAAUAAAGCUUGUCACACGGAUUAAAGACGCAGCAAUUGUGGAAUUCGCACAUUCGAGUUCGGUGAACAUCGCUAUGAGUAUGCUAGAGAAUGUGGUCCUCUUUGGUUGUACGCUUACUUUUGAUUAUGGACGGAACGAUGCCAUAAGAAUGACUACUGAGCGAUUUCCAAAUGGAAUGCCAAUGUGCGAAUUGUAUACGAACUGCCCGCUGCAGAGAUUCAGCCGAUAUCAAGCAGCCGAAAGCUCUGCAAAAAUUCGGAUUGCCCCUCCCUCUUCGAUGCUGUAUUGGUGGGAUGCUCCCUCUUACACCACCAGGGAAAUGAUAUACAUGAUGUUCGUCUCGGUUGGUGCAGCGUACCCAUGUAAUAUUUUCCCAUUUAAACCGGGCCCCUCAUCAUCAGUUGGCAUAGUCGAGUUUCCAACUUCGCGACAGGCGGCUGAGGCGUUGAUGCUUGUUAAUCACUUUCCUAUAUUGUUGCCUGGAUUUCGAGGACCAAUGAUUCUUAAACUCGCUUUUGCUACGAGUAAGCAUCAUCAGCCCACGAAUGGACAACAGUAACAUUGCUAGUUUCCCAAACAACUGAUGUUGCUGGAGGUUUCAUUGCAUCAGUACGAAAGGGUCUUUCUGAUUGUUACUGCCUCUUUUUUGUUUUGCUGUACUCGGCUGACCGCAACCGAGGGAUUAGUAACGUAUCAAUUGUUUCUCUGCACAUGUUACUCACACAAAGGCGGUUCUGGGUUUCUUUUUCUCGCUACUUUCAAUGGGAUGUGAAGUCUCAGAUAAUGUGAUCUCUUUUUACUCGUAGUUACUUAUUCUCACUUACCAAAUCCGGUGAAGCGAUGCCUGCUAUAAUAUAAGGGUCUUUGGGCAUAAGAUUUGCAUGUUGAAGAUCACUUGAAGAUAGUAACAUGAUCAAGCUGGUGAUCAUGGAUAGCACUUGAGUAAAUAAAGCUAGA